AUUUGAUGAUCCCUUUUGAUUCAGAUCUAUAACUGGCUGCUUGCUCUGUUCAUUCUUGUCCAGAGCAUUAUUUUAAGAUAAAAGACAUACAUAAUGGUAAAGAUAAAGUUGCCUAAUCCAGGCCUGGAAAAUAGAAUACCUUCCCAUGAACAGCUAGAAAUCCUUGAGAAAGAAGAAGCAGAUUCAAGACCGAAAUGGGAUAACAAGGCUCAGUAUAUGUUAACCUGCAUAGGCUUUUGUGUGGGUUUAGGAAAUGUAUGGCGGUUUCCUUAUCUCUGCCAGAGUCAUGGAGGAGGAGCCUUCAUGAUUCCUUUCCUCAUUCUGCUUGUCCUGGAGGGCAUCCCACUGCUUCAUCUUGAGUUUGCCAUUGGUCAGAGGCUGAGAAAAGGGAGUGUGGGGGUCUGGAGCUCCAUCCAUCCCACCCUGAAGGGUGUGGGCAUAGCAGCGAUGCUUGUGUCCUUCCUUGUGGGCCUAUACUAUAACACUAUCAUUGCCUGGGUGAUGUGGUAUUUCUUCAACUCCUUCCAAGAGCCAUUGCCCUGGAGUCAGUGUCCGCUCAAUGCAAACAGAACAGGGUUUGUAGAAGAAUGUGCCAAAAGCUCUCCUGUAGAUUAUUAUUGGUACAGAGAAACAUUAAAUGUUUCCACUUCCAUUGACAAUUCUGGCACUAUCCAAUGGUGGCUUUUACUAUGUUUAACAUGUGCAUGGGGUGUUCUGUAUGUGUGCACAAUCAGAGGCAUUGAAACAACGGGAAAGGCUGUGUAUGUAACAUCUACACUUCCAUAUGUUGUACUUACCAUUUUCCUGAUCCGUGGCUUGACGUUGAAAGGAUCAGUCAGUGGAAUUGUUUAUCUCUUCACUCCCAAUGUUGCUGAGUUGGCCAACCCCGUCACGUGGCUGGAUGCUGGAGCACAAGUGUUCUACUCCUUCUCCCUUGCCUUUGGAGGCCUCAUCUCCUUCUCAAGUUACAAUUCCAUUCAUAAUAACUGUGAGAAAGAUGCAGUGAUUAUCUCUGUGAUCAAUGGUUUCACAUCCAUUUACGCAGCAACUGUCAUCUAUUCCAUCAUUGGAUUCAGAGCCACAGAGAGAUUUGAUGCUUGUUUUGACAGAAAUAUUCUCACCCUGAUGAAUGCUUUUGAUUUGCCAGAAGGUAACGUAACCCAGGAAAACUUUGGAGAUCUACAGAAGUUGUGUAACAUGACUGAUCCAGGGGCUUUUGCAAACCUUAAGUUUGAGACCUGUAACCUAGAAAGUUUCUUAAAUGAUGGAGUUGAAGGAACUGGCUUAGCUUUUAUUGUCUUCACUGAAGCUAUCACCAAAAUGCCUGUCUCACCAUUGUGGUCCAUCCUCUUCUUUAUCAUGCUGUUCUGUUUGGGCUUGUCCUCGAUGUUUGGAAACAUGGAAGGUGUCCUUGUACCCUUACAAGACCUUAAUCUCAUUCCUAAAAAAUGGCCUAAGGAACUUAUAACAGGUCUAAUUUGUGUAGGGUCUUAUUUGCUAGCCUUUAUUUUUGUACUGAAUUCUGGUAAUUACUGGCUGGCUCUGUUUGACAGUUUUGCUGGAUCCAUCCCCUUGCUGAUCAUUGCUUUUUGUGAGAUGUUUUCAGUUGUGUACAUCUAUGGAGUAGACAGGUUUAACAGUGACAUCGAGUUUAUGAUUGGACACAAACCCAAUAUUUUCUGGCAGGUCACAUGGAGAGUUGUCAGUCCUCUCAUAAUGUUAGUUAUCUUCUUCUUCUACUUUGUGGUGAAAGUCAACCAAAAACUGCUUUAUGGUGUUUGGGAUCCUAAUUAUGAAGAGUUCCCCAAAACAGAGAAAAUUGGAUAUCCUGGUUGGGUCUAUGCCAUCAUUGUCAUCCUGGCUGGAGUGCCUAGUCUGGUCAUCCCUGUCUUUGCCAUCUAUAAAUUCAUCCACAAUUACUGUAGAAAGAAACGGGGUCUCGUUGGUUCAGCUUCUGAGCCCUCUAUGAAUGGAGAGUUGAAGAACCCCGCAUAAAAACAUUCCAGAGAAGUGGGGGAUAAAAGACUUUGUUAAUGAGGAAAGGAAAUACAAAUUUUUAAAAACCAUGAUUAGUUUCAUCCCAAUGUGGAUAAUGAUGUGAGGUUUCAAGGGAAACAAUGAAGCGAAGAGAUCCCUACAAGGACAGAUAUGACUAUCCAAUUGUUAAGGCUCCAACAACAAUGCCAUAUUUAUCCCAGCUUGUCUUGCACAGUCAUUCAUCUUUACCAUACAUGGCACUGUGUUGCACGAAGUCAUUGAUGUAUUUUCAUCAAGCAGAAGUAUUAGAAUAUUUAAUUAAAAUAUUUGGAAGUGUGUAAAUGAUAUUUUACUUUACUAUAGCUCUGGGUAUUUUAUUAACAGCCCCUUUACUUCCUACCUGCCAGCAGAGAGCUCUUCCAGCUUCUAAUCACAUAGGAGAGGGAGUGACAUAAUGAAGUAGCAGCAGUAGCUCAGGAAAGGGCAAAAUCUGCCUGCAUUAGCUCCUACUGAACAGAAAGUGCUGAGGAACACAAUCCACUUGCCCAAGAGUUCUGUGAUGGCAGAGGAGCUGAGAUGGGAGAGGAAUCUUACCCCUUGUCCCUAACCAUCAAGGUAGGUAGCACCAGGACACUUGCAUAGCUGGACACUGCUGCUGCCAAGAACACCACCUCCCAUAGGGGCCAGCUUUUGAGAUCAACCUUCAUACUACAUUCCUGGCCUUGGUGCGCAUAAACAGGAGCAAGUCAGUGCAGCAUGCUUAGGCAUUAGCACUGCAAAGCAUUUUCAUCCAACUGUCCUGUUACAUCCAAUGAUGCUACGGGUCUUUUACCAGGUAUGGAGACUAAGACAUGGUUGUUCUUAACUAUAAGCAAGUCUAUUGAACACUAACAGUUACAAUUCUAAAUCAAAAGUAAAGCGUUCUCAGCAGUUACUAUUCUAAUACUAUAGCUAGUCAAAAGCAAAACCCUGAGAUACUGCCAACAUGACUUCACUGGUUGAUCAGGCUGUGUGAGCUCUUCUUUGGGGCUCCUAGCUCCUGUAUCUGAUGCUUGUGCAGGAUCUUGGAUUGGCGACUGGAUCUCUUCAGGCUUCCUUCAGGAGUGUUCUGGAAAGGGGUUCCAAUUCCUUUACUUGUAUACCUUAUUGUUACUAUGUUUCUUAUCAUAUAAUUAGCUUAAGUCAUUCCCUAUAAUGCAUACUAAUAAGUUUAUUUCCACUUGCCAUAUAUGAUUGACUGGAAUUUUCCAGCCAUAGGUACUUUUUCUCAUUCUUACGUAGGAGCUAGUUCUGCUACUGAUUGAUCCUCUUUUUCCAAGCCAAAUUUCCUUAUUUUGGUUGGCCAACUUCUUGUUUUGAUUUUGGUCACCUAAACAAGGUAUUUCUAGACUUCCUCUUCUUUGCCAAAAACAGGUCAUGGUCCAGGUGAUCCUCAUAUCAGAUCUCAUUGCUGAGUUGCAGCUGUUCAAAGCCAAGCUAAUCUGCAGCAGAACGUACUUGUGCUUAUGCUAAGUGCCAGAGUUAAAAACCCAGGCACAAAGGCCUCUAGAUCCCAACAGUCCCUUCUUCCUACAAGUAGCAUUUUACAAUGAAUAUUUUAAAAAAGAAAGGACCAAGAAUAAUCUGAUUCAUUCCCAAAAAUAUCCCAAUAAAAAAAGCAUAGGUGUGCUAUAGGCAGCCAAUGGAGUGAGGCUAUGGGGAACUGUAUACUGAAUAGAUAAUUAGGAUUAUCUAUUUCAAUUGCUGUUUACUUGUUGUGUAGCUAGUUCUGAUAACUUUUCUUUGCUCCAAAACUUUCUUGCCUUCUUCCUAUCCUUUAAAUGACUACUUUAAUAAUGUAAUCGUUUUUUUAUGACUCAGUCAGAUGAUGGUGUGUUACAAAAGUAGAUGCAUUCCUGACCUUUCAGAAUGUAAAUAGGAUGGAAUAAAAUCACACUUAGCUCCACCCAGAACUGCAGUUGGUGGAACAAAAUCCGUUCCUUACAAUGGCAUUUUACAAAAUUAUGCAUGAAAAAGAUAUUUCUGACUAGCAUUAAAGCAUACAUUUUAGCUAAUUACCAACAGAAGUGGCUUACUUCAAGACAUGAUGAAUUCUUCACCACUUGGAAUUUUUAAAGCAAGCCUAUAUGACUUUUUUAAAAGACAGGAUAUAGCUCACAUGGAAAAAUAGGCUUGAUGCAGAAAUUGCUAAGAGAAGAGUAGGGAUUAGAGGCAAAGAUUUUUGUGAGCAAUAGUUGUUAUUGGAGGAACUGCAAGAUUGGGAUAGAUUUAGGUAAGCUUUUGAGUGCAAUGUGUUCUUCUUCAUUGCAGGGGUGUUUUUGGACCUGUGAUAUGCAAGCCAGAUUAGAUGAUCGUCAUGACAUCUUCUGGCUUUACGAACUUGUUUCCCAUUGCUACAGCUAUGUAAGCCCCUAAAAACUAUUCGGUACUAGGAAACUCCUGUUAUUUUGAUGGCAGGUAGAAAAAAUGAGCAGGUAGAAGUGCCAAAAAAGCUCCACUAAAGCACCUGAUAUAUAUAGAUGUUGAGCAAACUGGGUCCAACUAACAUGAUGCCUCUUCUGGGCAUGCACUGGGCUCAGCAUGGGAGCACACCAAGUUUAAAAUAAAGAGCUUUUUUUAAAAUAUCUGUAAGCAGCCCAUCACAUUAGUUUAAUACAACUAUUCUAGAUUCUGUUCUGAUAGACCUAAGAGGCUUUAGUGAGAGUUGGGUCUCAUGAAAAAUAUGUGCUGAGUUCAGGUACCCAGAGACAUUAUAUUAUAUAUUUAAGAAAAACAACUGUCUAUGCAACUGAAUAUUUUUCUUGAUGCAGUACAUGAAACAUCCAUUCAAGUAUUACUUCUGCAGGUUUCUGUCCAUUCUAAAGUAAUAAACUUAUUUCUUCUCAUCA